UGUAAUAUAAGUAGGUAUUAAAUUUUUUUUGUUGUUUUAUUUGGUUUCUCUUGUACACAACAAAAUGGAGGUUAUCGAAGAUGGCAACAUUAUGGACAGAAUCCCAAUCCUGUUGCAGAGGGAUUUGGAAUAUUAUCAGAAAAACCAAACAGUGCUAUCAGAAAAUGUUUGCUGUGGUGUUGUCGGUGGGAGGUUAGACUUUCCAAGAAGUGCAUCAUUUGCUGCUGUCAAAAUAGUGCUCUGGUUGGAAGAGGAGUUUUCUAUUGCUUUUAAGCAAGGUUCUGGAAUGUUUGUAAGCAUUGGUGAAGACAAAGCAGAUGGUGUGGCCAAAACUUCAGACCCUGACAAGUUUGCCCAGUUGGCUACCAAAUCCAGCGACUCUUUAUUAGAACACCUCCACGUGCUCGCGCAAGAAGCGCUGGACCACGCCGACUUGCCAGUGCUGACCGCGACUUUGGGGGCCGCUGCCUUGCUCAAGAACACUCUCUAUUGCUACGUACAACAUGUAGAGGAUGCUGGCAACACUGAACGUCAUUCUAUAUUACUGGCAUGUUACAAACGCUACGCGACCAUGUCGGAGGCGGUGGGCGAGCGGGUGUUGGACCUGCACAACCGCGUGCUGUCUCUAUACAUCCUGCAAGACUCGGGCGGGCGGCCCAUAGACGACCCGACCAACGCUGGACACGAGGCAGGCACGCCCUCUGUGCAAGGCUGGUGGCUUUAUAUGAAUGGCAGUAAAAAAGAUUUAUGGGACACGGUACCUCCUAGAAUGGCGCAAAGGAUCUUUGCUGGGAUGUUGAACGAAACACUCACCAUACUGACCGUCAGGUAUUGCCAGACCAACACAACAGAGUCAACUACACCUCUCCUCAUUAACGAUAUACUAAACAUCCUGCUCUGCGUGGCUCAACUACUGCCGGCUAUAAGCAACAACGGGUCUGACCUGGCCGGACUAGAGGGGUCCAAGCAGUCCCGGGACGUGAGGGAUGUGCACGCGAAGUGCAAUGAGCUAUUCAAGUGUAUGGUCUAUAGAGGAGCUGCGUUGCACUUUUUGCAUCAGGCAUUUACAGAACAAGAAGGGACCAAAUUCUUCAAGGACACUCCAUACCCGUGGAUCACAUUCAUCAAUCCAAACCUCUUCGACGGUACCGAUGAUAAAACAGCAAAAACCACGCAAGAGCUGUCGACGAAGACUGCUCUAUGUUUAGAACUGAUGGUGUUACUCGCCCAACCGCAGCCUUCAUGGUCUUUGGUUGUUAAAGUCCUAACGAUGCGCAACUGCCACUUGUCUCGUAUGCUGCUCAUGAAUGCUGUCAGCAAGAUGUCAGCAGACAACUCCCGCUGGCCGGCCGACGGGCUGUGGUACAACACUGACGGCUGCAGGCAGAAGUGUGAUGGCUUUCUGUGCACCGCUGAUGGGUUCUGCAGGUUCAAGGGGGACUCUAACGGUCAGUGUCAAGCCUAUCCACUAGUCAACAUGUGGCUCUCGCAUGCUGCUCAUGAAUGCUGUCAGCAAGAUGUCAGCAGACAACUCCCGCUGGCCGGCCGACGGGCUGUGUCAACAUGUGGCUCUCGCAUGCUGCUCAUGAAUGCUGUCAGCAAGAUGUCAGCAGACAACUCCCGCUGGCCGGCCGACGGGCUGUGGUACAACACUGACGGCUGCCGGCAGAAGUGUGAUGGCUUUCUGUGCACCGCUGAUGGGUUCUGCAGGUUCAAGGGGGACUCUAACGCCGGGGAAGAGUACGCUCGAGCGGUAGGCGCCCUGACCUACAUACUGGCCACAAUAGGCAGCAAGGAGGACCUCAAGUCGACGCUUUGUUACGCACUGGAAGUGUCCGGGAGGGACUGGGCCGCUUGUCUGGAUAAGCGACAGGUGUGGUGUGACCGUCGCCCAGCUUGGCUGGCCGGCUUGCUGGCAGCUGCUGGGACACUACUACAGUACAUGCCACCAAUCCUGGUCAAUGCUGUGCAGACUGGGGCGUCCAUGUAUCAGACAAUGUCCCUAUGCCUCACAUGCAUAUCCCGGACACUGGACUGCUUGCCGCGAUGCUUCAUCAACGCAUCCACCACGCUGCAGAGUACUCUCCCCUCCAACAUCAACCCCGUGGGGGGUUCCAUUCUGCUGCAGAUGCUGAUCACCGUAGCGUAUGAGGAGUUGCAGAAAUGGGCACAGAAGGAAGUGGUUAAGGAGAACAGUGUGUCGAACGGUGAAGCUCAUGAUAUGAACGUCAGACAUAGACCGAAACAAGUUAGAAUUUCAACAAUGCAUCGCACAACAACUUCUUCAUCAGUCUCGUUCGAUGGCAGCCAUAGUUCACCGUCGUCCAUUGCUCUGGCGAUCGCCGAAGCUCUAUGUUCUAUAGACGAAGACCAUAAACACACUUCAGAAAUAGAGGACCUUGUCACUCAGAGCAAGAAGACUUACACUGUCUCUGACAAUUUUGGUUUGGAAGACUUUCCUGAGUUUGCGGAAUUUUUUGAAGAGGGAAACGUCCCGGCGUCAGAGGCAGAGCGAGCAGGCGACGCCGCGGCGUUAACUAGUCAAAUACUUAUGACAGCUGCUGGCAGAGACAGUUUGAGAGUAAUCUACGACCACCUACAGCUUCACAGUGAAAUGAUCUACAUGGAGUUGGGCCUGCAGAGUCAACAAGCCGCCGAGAUAUCUCUGAACAAGGCGCCGCUUUUGUACAUCAUGUUUCAUAUCGGGAAGAGGCCGUUUGAUCAGUACUUACGUGGGGAGUGGACGAUGCCGUGGAGCAGGCUAGUGUCGCUCGCCAAGUCGUGGUCCGGCGUUGAGGGCGCCAAGGUCCACGUCAACAGACGGACAGACAUUCGCAACGUGAAGACUCAGAGCAAGAACAAUAAACAGCUUCUGGAGUUGUAUAAUAUAUUCAAAUCGCCCAUUGAAGGCCUUUUGUAGAUUCUUUACUGACAAGAAAAGACAAGACAAGGUCUUGUUUUGCAAAUUUAUAUGCUUAUCAUAUAGGAUAUUUCAUAUACGAAUGGUCAAUGACUUACAUAUAUUUAGUGUAAAAUUUUGUAGGCCUAUGAUACGCAGGCCACGACAUAUCUAGAGACCAGACAAAGUCAAAUGGUCAAACAGCGGCAAAAUCGAAAACACCGCUUUCUCUUUUUGUUUCUUAUCGCCUCGUAACUUUAAUUUUAAGUUUUCGACUUAUAUUACCACCAUUAAAUCAUGACAUAACUUGACUUUUCAAAAGUGCUUGUAAACUUAUGAAAAUAAAUGAAAUUUGAAUUUGAAAGAGCUACCGCUAAUGAUAGGAUUUAUAAUGUUAAAAUUAAAGGAGGCCUUAUAAAGGUAUAUAAUUUACUAAUCACACUGUUAUAUUUAGUACAAUGUCAAUGCUAUUAAGGUUCACCAAUUAUGUUAUCAGAAAUAAUAAAAUAUU